AUGGCGACAAUGCCACCAUCGUCUCUGCAACUCUCGAACCCAUUCCCACUUGCGUCUACAUCAACAAAAUCCCACGCUCCCAAACCCCUCCUUUCCUUCACCACCCGAGCCACCGACUCCGAAACACCGCCCUCAGAGCCCUCGUCCGAAUCUGGGUCCGACCCGGAUGACUUCGACAGCAAGCUGAGCCAAGUCCGACUCCGCUACCGCAGCGGAACCGGCAAGAAAGCGGAGCUCCGGAAGACCAAGAAGUCGAAAAGCGGGUCCGGAUCCUCAUCCGGGUCCAACUUGUACCUUCCACCGGUUCCGCUUAAGGAGCCGGCGUCGGGCGGGUUGAAGGUGGAUUUCGGGUUCAGUCCGUACAGCGAAAGGGUGAACGGUCGAAUCGCGACUCUGGGGUUAACGGCGUUACUGCUGGUGGAGCUGGCGACGGGGAAGAGUGUGCUGAAAUAUCAUACGCCGUCAGUUGUGCUGAUUCAGGUGUAUUUCGUGGCGGCGGUUGCAGCUGUCUAUAUAAAGUAUGAGAAGGAGAAGGUCAGUGUGUGGCCUCAGUCCUCUCCGCCGCCCAAAGAUUGA